AUGUCCGACCUUGACGCUGACCUCUACGGCGACCUUUACGGAAACGACGAAGUUGGCGACGAGCAGCCUGUGGAAGACAUUGACGCGCAACCCGAGGCCAGCGAAGAGGCCCAAGCGGUAAAGCAAGCAACUCCUGAACCUCUCUCAAAACCCGCAACGACAACGGCUCCGGUCGCGGAGAAAAUCUAUUCUAAUGGAACGGUAUCACAACCCGCGCCAACGGCUAAUGGCAUAAAGUCAGUGUCGUACGCCUCACAACAACCUGCCCCGCAGAAGAUUCCAACGUACGAACAACCUCAACCUUCGGAAUACCGCGAGGUCCAAGCACCUCGAACAGAAAAUGUCUACCAGAAUAUGAACAUACCUGGCAACGAACGCUCGGUCCGACCCUCGGAGAUGAAAGACGAAGGAAAAAUGUUCAUUGGAGGCCUCAACUGGGAUACAACAGAUGAUGGACUGCGGGACUACUUUUCACAAUUUGGCAAAGUCGACGCUUGUACUAUCAUGAGGGACGCCGCUGGAAGAUCAAGGUGUUUUGCAUUCUUAACGUUCGAGGACCCAGCGAGCGUGAAUGCGGUAAUGGUUCGCGAGCACUACCUUGAUGGUAAAAUUAUUGACCCCAAGCGUGCCAUCCCUCGACAAGAACACCAACGUGCUACGAAACUUUUCAUUGGUGGUCUCGCGGGCAGUGUCACGUCUGAGUCCAUGCGCGAAUUCUUUUCGCAAUUCGGUAAAGUCAUCGACUCUACUGUCAUGUUGGACCGCGAGACAGGCCGCAGCAAGGGCUUCGGCUUUGUUUCUUUCGAAGACACGAACGUCCAGCCUUUCCUCGGCUUUGGGCACCUUGAGAUUGACGGUAAACUGAUCGACGUCAAGCUAGCACAACCCCGCUACCAGCGGGAUAAUUUCCCUAACGAAGAUGCAGCUGCAGCCGGCGGCGACAUGCCCAGUGCUGUCGGAGGCGCACGAUUUAACACCCAAACUCAACAAGGCGGCAACUUCAGCGCUGCUGGCGUCGGUGGUGGGGCCGGCAACACACCCUUCGACCCACAGGCCCUCGCCGCGCUCUACACUCGCAUGUUCCAAAUGUCAGGCGCGGGUAUGAACCCCGGCAUGAUGGGGGGCAUGGGCGCCGGCAUGAACCCGAUGAUGGCUGCUGCUGCGGGUAUGGGUGGCGCUGGCGGGUUUGGUGGAGGCAUGCGCCCUGGUAUGGGCAUGGCUAUGGGUGGGAUGGGCGGAAUGGGUGGUGGUGGCCAGGGUAUGGGUGGUAUGGGACGCGGUGGUGGCCAAGGGAUGAUGAAUGCGGGUAUGAACGCGAACAUCCCGCGUGGCCCGAGAGGUGCACAAGGCGCAGGAGGCCCGCCUGGCGCGAUGGGGGCAGCUGGUGUAGGUCCUCAGAGGACCGGCCAGCGCGGCCAGCACAACUUCCACCCAUAUGCGAGGUAA